UGCCUCUUCCUCGCUAGAGCUGACAUCAAGCAGAUCCCAUGGCGAUCCCUCAGAUCUCCCGCAGAACCCUCCUCCCCGUCCUCCUCCUCCUCGCCGCCGCGGCGCUCUCGCCGGCCGCCGCCGAUGGAGACGAGGUGCUAGCCCUCACCGAGUCAACCUUCGAGAAGGAGGUCGGCCAGGACCGCGGCGCGCUCGUCGAGUUCUACGCUCCCUGGUGUGGACACUGCAAGAAGCUUGCUCCAGAAUACGAGCAGCUUGCUGCAAGUUUCAAGAAAGCUAAAUCAGUCUUGAUUGCAAAGGUUGACUGCGAUGAGCACAAGAGUGUGUGCAGCAAGUACGGAGUUUCUGGCUACCCAACAAUCCAAUGGUUUCCCAAAGGUUCCUUGGAGCCCAAGAAGUAUGAAGGUCAACGCACCGCUGAAGCCCUUGCGGAAUAUGUUAACUCUGAAGCAGCCACAAAUGUAAAGAUAGCAGCAACUCCUUCAAGUGUGGUGAUUCUGACUGAGGACACCUUUGACUCUGUUGUCCUUGAUGAAACCAAAGAUGUCCUUGUUGAGUUCUAUGCCCCAUGGUGUGGUCACUGCAAGAGUCUUGCUCCGAUAUAUGAGAAGGUGGCUUCUGUUUUCAAGCACGAUGAGGGUGUUGUGAUUGCCAAUCUUGAUGCUGACAAAUACACAAAAUUGGCUGAGAAGUAUGGAGUUUCUGGUUUUCCCACUUUGAAGUUCUUCCCCAAGAGCAGCAAAGCUGGUGAAGAGUAUGAGGGCGGUCGGGACUUGGAUGACUUUGUCAAGUUCAUCAAUGAGAAAAGUGGAACUAGCCGUGAUUCAAAGGGUCAACUUACUUUAGAGGCUGGGCUUGUGGCAAGUUUGGAAUCUCUAGUCAAGGAUUUCCACAAUGCCGCAGAUGACAAGCGGAAGGAAGCCCUCUCUAAACUGGAAGAGGAGGCUGCAAAGCUCAGUGGUUCUGCUGCCAAGCAUGGAAAGAUCUAUGUGAACAUUGCAAAGAAGAUUGUGCAGAAAGGUUCCGACUAUACGAAGAAGGAAACUGAGAGGCUUCAUCGCAUAUUGGAGAAGUCCUCGAUCAGUCCUUCCAAAGCUGAUGAAUUUGCCAUCAAGAAGAACAUUCUCUCAAUCUUCUCCUCUUAGUGGGGAUGACCCACGUGCGCCCUGCCAUAGGGGGUAUAGUCAGUAGUGCAACUCCCACCUGCCACAAGAGGAACCCAAGAAGGACGGUAGAUCAGAGAGGUGGCAACGGAAGUUUAGCGGUGAUAGGAUACUGUUGAACAACAUGCAAUCUCUUUUUUCUCUGCCAUUUAUUUUUAUGGGAUUGAGUUAGCACUCAAAAGAGUUUACUUAAGAACAGACAAAGUUCUUGUAACCAUGUUAUGAUGACAUUUCUUUUGUGAUACAAUAAAAUUGACAUUUCAGUUA